AUGUGGACAAAGAAUGAGAUGGAUGGCCUUGAAGAUGGGCUAGGUCUCUGCUGGGAAGAUCUUAUAAUGGGAAAUAAGCCUGCAAAGCAAGAGAAGGAUGAAGUACUCUUGAAGAUUGUGCCUCCUUUAGACCGUGCAUUUGUUCGUUGGCUUGCUCGGGAUCUUGAGAGGAUUCAUGGCUUCACUCCAAAAAAAAUUCAAUCUGUAAAACCACCGGAUCAUUACAUCGAGUACAUGCGCUUGAACGGUUGGUUGGAUGUGAACUUGGAUGAUCCUGAUCUGGCCCAAUUAUUUAAGUAAAUAAUCAUAAUAUAUACUUCUUGAAAGAGUAAAAAUUUCUGCGGAUUUUUAUUACAGAUAAGCAAACAGAUCUUUCGCCCUCUAUAUGGUGAGAGUCCCUCCUUAUCUAUCGGUAUUGGAUUCCCUGUAUUGUGCAAAUGCAUUCGAAGAAUGGGUUCUUAUUAUUUACCAGAACGUUUGAUCUAUUGUUGCACUAUUGAUGUGAAAAUUGUCUAGGUAAUGGAAGUUCAUUACUGACUUGAUACUGUUCUAAUUUCUUUGUGUAAAUUAGUAUGCUUGCUUGAAUAGUUAUUUGUGCUUUUGUGGUAUUGGGCAUCAAUCGAAAUUAGAU